ACUGAGAAUCGACACGCAAAGAUUUACCGGAAAAGGCCGGAAGUGACUGUGGACUUCAAAGAGGGAUUGUGUUGACUCGCUUUCCAGCGUCCAAAAUUCAACUUCUUGCUGACCUCCUCUCACUUGGGACCUUUCCCCCCGGUUAGAUUUUUGGGCGGUACCAGACGGUUGUGUCCUCUCCGGUCCGAGCGCGGCUCUCCUCUGGCCGACGGCUGCUGUGAUGGCGGCCACGGGCUCCGCGCCUCAUGCCGGCGAUGUGGAAGAAGACGCAUCUCAGCUGCUCUUUCCUAAAGAGUUUGAGAAUUCGGAGACGCUGCUCAAUUCGGAGGUGCACAUGUUGCUGGAGCAUCGCAAGCAGCAGAACGAGAGCGUCGAGGACGAGCAGGAACUCUCAGAGGUUUUCAUGAAGACCCUAAACUACACGGUCCGCUUCAGCCGCUUCAAGAAUAGAGAGACCAUCACCGCCGUGCGGAGCCUCCUCCUGCAGAAGAAGUUGCACAAGUUUGAGCUGGCUAGCCUGGCGAACCUGUGUCCCGAGGCUGCGGAGGAAGCCAAGGCCCUCAUCCCCAGCUUGGAGGGCCGCUUUGAGGAUGAGGAACUACAACAAAUCCUGGAUGACAUUCAAACCAAGAGAAGCUUCCAGUACUGAGAAUCUGGACCAGGACGGCCACAAAGACGCAAGACUAAAGUGACCUGUGCCUGAUUAUGUAAUAGAAAACUGUAAUUUUGUGUAAUGUUAAAUGUAGUGCUGUAUUCAAGGGUUCUGGAACCAAUAACAAUAAAGCACAUUGCUUUUUUUUUUUUUAAA